AUGACCAAGGGCAAGUCGAGAUCGAAAACGCAAAAGGCCCUCGACGACGCCGUCGCGGCGCUCGCAACCGCGCUCGGGGACGGAGCAGGCAAUCAUGACACGACACGUGACCAGGGGCAGCUGGCAGGAUCCGUGGAGGCGAUCGCAGAGGUCGUAAGGUUCGGCCCUCUCCUUGCGGAUCUCCAGCCGAAAGCAGCGCUUUUGGUGAGAGCAUUUAAGCUCUGCCUCAAGACGGCGCAGGAGAGCAAGAACGAGGAGGAGGCGUUCCAGCUCGUCGCCGCAACUCAGGACAUACUUCGAUGCUGUCACGCUGACUCAACGACGAAGAACGCUCAUGCGAGCAAGGCGACGCUCGCAGAGUGGGCCGCUCACGGGCAGGGCGUGAAGUCAUCAAUGCAGGCCAUCGUCUGCGAGGACACACUGGCCGCGAUCAACUCCGACAGUCUGACCGUCGCGCUGCGCCGCGAGGUGUCCUACGUCAUGGCGGAGCUCCACGUCAGGUGCAAGGCGAACGCGGAGAAGGUCGUGCGCGCGAAGAAGGGUCCGGCGCUGAUCCACCGGCUCGUGGAGGCGGCCAAGGAUGCCAACGACGUCUUUGUGCAGAUCGAUGUCCUCGAGAUCGUCUACAGGGCGCUGUUGCACCAGGGCCUGGAGGCUGCGGACACUAUCGACAUGCCCGGGGGCGCCACGGCCCGCCUGCGGCAGAUGCUCGGGGAGGGCAAGCGCGUGGACCUCAUCGCCAGCCUGCGCCAGCUCUCCCUCGAACUCAACAGGGGGCUGCCGGGCAGGUCCAAGGUGCAGUCGUUCGAGGUGCAGCGGCUGGAGAUCGGGCCGCACAAGGUCGACUGCGAGGCACGCGCCACGUUCGUGGACAUCUCCCCGCUCCACACGACCUUCCAGGUCCCCGCGGACAGCACGAUCACCGCUGGGGCGGAAGCGGAGGACGGACAGGCCGUGUGCGUGGACUUCGAACACGACAAGCUCCACGACAUUCUCUCCUCGUCGGAAGACGGGACCUUCACGGUCACGAUCAAGGCGGACCCCCCCGCGUCCCUCCGCCCCGGAGCUGUCGCCAGCGACGACUUCGUUCUGUUCUCGCUGCGCUGCGAGAGCGACUACCGCGCGGUACUCUCGUGCUUCCGUGACCACAAGCACCGCUUCCCCGCGUUCUUCGAGUCCAACGCGAUCGGAUCGGCUGGAGAGGACCCCGUGUCCGACUUCCUCUGCGACGACGAGGACCUCGGCGAGCGCGGCGAGGAGCAGCCCCCGCAGGAGCCCAAGGUGGCUGACGGCAACCUGGUAGCCUCGCAGCUGGGACUCGCGGACCUGACCUGCGACGAGGACACGCCCGCGCUCAUCCUGAAGCCCGACGCACGCUCGGAGCUCGCCAACGAGGGCAAGCAAGCCGUUCAGGGCUUCCGCAGGCGCCUGGGAAAAACCAGCAACAAGGUGAAGCCGCCGGUCGUGGCCCGCGACGGGGACGCAAAGCAGCAGAGCAGGAAGUCGGGCCUACUCGCGGCACUCGCACACGACGCGAAGCCCGCGGACGACGGCGUGCUCGACUUCGGCGCUCUCGAGGGCUUCGACGGCGGCGACGGCGGCGGCGACGGCGGCGGCCGCAGCCCCCCCCUGUCGUUCGAGCCAGCGUCGUUUGAGCUGCCCCUGCCAUCUCUGGAGCCCUCGCACGCGGACGCCACCGAGGACGGAGGCGGCGGGCGGGAUUGCGCGGCCGGAGAGAAGUCGCCGACAGGUCCGCGGGCCGGUCGCAAUCUCGAGCCCGUGCCUACCUCGAAGGCUGUGGACGCAGUUGUGCCAGCCAAACCCGUGGAGAAGAAAGAGAGGAAGAAGUCGGCGUCAUCGAGCAAGCAGGCGCAGCGCAAACCACCUGCGAAGGCCAAGGUGGAGAAGGCCAAGGCGGUGCCGCGCCGGACCAACCCGCGUCGCGCUGCUGCCGAGACGGCGAUGGCAGCAAUUCACGCAACGGAGCGUGCUCCUGCGCCGUCGACUGCCCAGGCCGCCGCGGACGGUGCGAAGGACGGCGGUGCCGGCCAGGUCCUGAAGACGUUCGGGAAACCGAAGCCUGCGGCUGCGCCAGCUGCGAAGGCCAAGCAGAGCAAGAAGGCGGGCAAGCACAUCAGCGCUCCGGAGGCGCGCGGUCAGCGCACGACCCCCCCGAGGAGUGCGGCGCCCCCGGAGCACCGUUCACGGGCCGGUGCAGACAUCGAGCCGCUCAAUCUGGCGAACGCACUCGCCGCAGCAGGGGUCACGCCGGCAAGGGAGCAAGAGCAGCGGCCGCAUCCGCCCCUGCCGCCCCUGCCGCCGCCCCGUCCGGUUGCGCAAGACGUCGACGAGGACCUCGGUGGACUCCAAGCGGACGACCAGACGCCUCGGACGCACGCCACGCCCGUGCACAACGAGGUCCGGCGCGUCUCCGCCACGGCUGGGGUCAAGACGCCGGCAACGCUGGCCCAAGGUGCGGAGAACGCGGCGUCCGCGAUCGAGGAGGCGCUGCAGUGCUUCGACUGCUCCGACACCGACAUGAUCCAGACCCUGCUGACGGCGCUGGCCCACAAGCGGCAGAUGCAAGCACGGCUGGAGCAGGAGCACGCCAUGCAGGACCUCCGGCAGUCCCUCAUGCAGACGGCCGACCUCGUGAACGCGGACCUCGUCAAGUUCGAGACGGAGGUGUUUGAACACUUCGAGGGGCAGCUCCUGGCCUUCGACGCCGCACGCACGCGCGAAGUCGCUGCCCUGGUCGACACGCAGCGGAAGAAGAUGGCGGAGCGCGUCAACACGCACCGCAAGCGCCUGAGGGAGCUUGUCGAGAGCGCGGCGGGCCGCGUGGAGAAGAUGCACGACGAGCUGCAGCGCAAGAAGCAGCGGGUCGCGCGCGGCAGGGCGCAGGGCGAGCCGGGGAGGCCGCCGCUCGCCUUCCAUUAG